AAAGCAACAAACUAAAGACACGCCAUUAUAAUCUCUAGCUCUCCUUCUUGUAACAAACCUCUCUCUUUCCCUUCUCGUUGCAACAAAACCCUCAUAGGAAUAUGGUAGAUCAGACAUCCAAGAAACCCCAUGCCAUCCUCGUACCCUACCCUCUUCAAGGCCAUGUCAUCCCAUCAGUUCACCUUGCCAUCAAGCUUGCAUCUCAAGGUUUCACCAUCACCUUCAUCAACACCCACGCCUUCCAUCACCAAAUCUCCAAGGCUCAGCCCAAUAGUGAACCCGACAUCUUCACCAAGGUCCGAGAAUCAGGGCUUGAUAUUCGGUACGCAACUAUAUCCGACGGGCUUCCUGUUGGGUUCGACCGGUCGUUGAACCAUGACCAGUAUAUGGCAGCCCUAUUGCAUGUGUUCUCGGCCCAUGUGGAUGAGGUGGUCGGCCAGAUUGUAAAGUCUGAUGACAGUGUUCGAUGUUUGAUUGCUGACACAUUUUUUGUAUGGCCAUCGAAGAUUGCAAAGAAGUUUGGUUUGCUCUACGUUUCCUUUUGGACAGAACCAGCUUUGGUGUUUUCCUUGUAUUACCAUAUGGAUCUUCUAAGGAUAAAUGGUCAUUUUGGUUGUCAAGAUUGCCGGGAGGACAUCAUAGAUUACAUACCAGGAGUUAAGGCAAUAGAACCGAAGGACAUGACAUCAUAUCUUCAAGAGGCAGAGACAACUUCAGUUUGCCAUCAAAUCAUUUUCAAUGCCUUCAACGACACUAGAAGUGCAGAUUUUGUUGUAUGCAAUUCGGUGCAGGAACUUGAGGUCGAGACUUUGUCAGCUCUACAAGCCGAAAUGCCCUACUAUGCAAUUGGACCCCUUUUCCCUAAUGGCUUCACCAAGAGCUUUGUGGCCACUAGCCUGUGGUCCGAGUCCGAUUGCACCCAGUGGCUUGACGAAAAGCCUCGUGGCUCAGUCUUGUAUGUUUCAUUUGGUAGCUACGCACAUGUUACAAAAAAGGACCUUGCACAGAUUGCAAAUGGGCUUUCCCUUAGCAAAGUGAGUUUUGUUUGGGUGCUUCGAGCUGAUAUUGUGAGCUCUGAUGAUGCUCAUCCCCUGCCUGAUGGAUUUGAGGAAGAGGUUGCUGACCGCGCGAUGAUCAUACCUUGGUGCUGUCAAAGAGAAGUGUUGCCCCACCAUGCGAUCGGAGGGUUCUUAACACAUUGUGGAUGGAAUUCCAUUCUAGAAAGUAUAUGGUGUCAAGUUCCAUUACUGUGUCUCCCUUUGCUGACCGACCAAUUCACUAAUAGGAAAUUAGUGGUUGAUGACUGGAAGGUAGGGAUCAAUUUGAGUGAUAGAAAGUUUGUCACUAAAGAGGAAGUUUCAAGCAAUAUCAACAGUUUGUUCAGUGGAAAAUUAGGGGACGAAUUAAGAACCAAAAUCAAGGAGGUGAAGAAAACAUUAGAAAAUGCGUUGUCACCCGGAGGAUCCUCAGAGAAAAAUAUGGCUCAGUUCAUCAAGGACCUAAAGAAUAAGAUUAGUGACAAGAUGGACCAACCAAACAAAUCCAUUUGCAACGACAGCUAAAACUACUAUUCCUUUUUCGUUUUAUAAGAUCACAAGAACAAGCAACUUUGGAAGCAUUUUGAUUGUCCCUUUAUAGUAGCCACUUGGUAGAGGAAUCAAAAGAACAAUAAAUUGUCUUAACUACGUAUGAAAGCUCAUCCAUACUAUCUUGACAAAAGGGUCUGAGAAACUCAGAUGAAGACACUGACCAAUGCUCUUUUUUAUUGUAUUCAUAUUUUCCUGUCUAAUGCUAAACCGAAACAGCCACAUGAAAUUUAAGGUUAGUUACACAA